AUGUCUUCUUCAAACAGACACUGGCCUAGCUUGUUCAAAUCCAAGUCCACUUCCAACACUAGCCCUACUCCAUGGCACCAUGAUCAUUUACCCAGAGAUCUAUACACACAAGCAGAUGAGGAGAGAAGCCCGGAGCCGAAGCCGCGGUGGAACCCUCGGCCGGAGCAAAUCCGAAUUCUGGAAGGCAUCUUCAACUCGGGGACGGUGAACCCUCCCCGAGAUGAGAUCAGAAGAAUUAGGGCUCAGCUCCAAGAAUUCGGCCAUGUCGGCGACGCUAAUGUUUUCUACUGGUUCCAAAACAGGAAAUCAAGGAGCAAACACAAGCUGCGCAACAUCCAAACCACCAAGCCUAGAACGCCGGUCACUGCUGCUCAAGCUUCUUCGUCGUCCUCUUCUGAUAAGUCCUCUCCUAGCCGCUGCAAUUCCAACGAAAAACCCCCCUCUCUCACCUCCUCCACUUUGAUUGAUCUGCUGAAUUCUCCGACGACGUCGGUGAAUCAGCCGUUUUUGGCUGAGCCCUUGCUGUUUUCUGGGCAGGAGAGUUGUGCUGCUUUAACUCAUGGAAUUUGCUUUCCUGAUUUGUCUCAAACUUGCUCCGAUGUUUCGCUUGGUGAUCUGGUGCCCACGAAUCAUGGCCGUUCGAGCAAAGGUGAAGAUGAUGAUCAGAAGGCCAAACUCCCGCAGCAUCAGAUUGGCUACGCUGCGCCGGAUCUCGCUUCUCUAUCCCCAACUAAUCAAAUUCCUCAAGGCCCAGGUUUAGUGGAACCGACGCCCCCAAAGUCGACGGUUUUUAUCAACGAUGUAUGUUUUGAUGUUGCAAGAGGAGAGCCUUUCAAUGUUAGGGAAGCAUUUGGAAACGACGUCGUGUUGAUACAGUCGUCGGGGCAGCCGGUUCCCACCGACGAAUGGGGCGUAACUCGGCAGCCCCUCCAACAUGCUGCUUUCUACUACCUCACCCACCACACCACACCACCAUUCACUUGGUAA